AUGGAUCCUAAUCACAAGUUUGGCUCUAAUGAUGGUGAGGGUCUUAAGGAUGUUCACUCUUACAGAAGCUUGGUUAGAAAGUUGUUAUAUUUGACAGUCACUAGGCCAGACAUUUCCUAUGCUGUUGGGGUUCUCAGCCAGUUUAUGCAAUCCCCUUGCAAGUCACAUUGGGAUGCAGCCAUUCGAGUUCUUCGGUAUUUGAAGGGAGCCCCUGGAAAGGGGCUAAUUUAUUGGCCAAAUAAACACAUGGAGCUUGUUGCCUACUCUAAUGCAGAUUGGGCAGGUUCUGCUAGUGACCGUCGAUCUACUACAGGAUAUUGUCCCUUUGUUGGAGGAAAUCUGGUUACGUGGUGA